AUGUCUAAGCUCUUUGUUCACGGCCUUUCUUGGCAUACUAGCGAUGACACCUUGCGCGAUGGUUUCAAGCAAUUUGGCCAGAUCCAAGAAGCCAUUGUCGUGAAGGACCGUGCGACUUUGCGUAGUCGCGGCUUCGGCUUUGUCCGAUUUGCUACUGACGCCGAGGCGGAUGUUGCUUUGGAGGCCAUGAACAACCAAGAAUUCGACGGACGAGUCAUUCGCGUUGACAAGGCGUUCGACCGCCCCCAACGCCCUGAAGGUGGCUUCCAGGGCCGUGGUGGAUACAAUUCCCAGCCCCAGUCCAGUUACCCAAGUGCAGGUGCAGGUGCAGGUGGUGCAGGUGGCUACGGUGGCUACCACAAUGCCGGGUACAACAACGGCGCCGCUGGUGGAUACGGCGGGGGCUACAACCGUGGUGGUUACAACUAUGCCCCUACCGGUCCCGCUGGUUACGGCGCGGGAGGUCCCGGCGGUUAUGGUGGUGGCCCAAAUACCGGAUAUGGCGGUGGCGGAGGCUGGCGCGGGAACAGCCACGAGCACGCUCCUCAAGACGGUCACCAUUAG